AUGAAAGUAAAGACCAUAAACAGGUCUUCGGACACAUAUGUGCCUGUAAGAAACACACAAGAGUCUGCUCUCCCGCGGAACUUGAAUCCUGCUCUCCAUCCUUUUGAAAGAGCAAGAGAAUAUACAAAAGCACUCACCGCGACAAAAAUGGAGAGGAUGUUUGCUCAGCCUUUUGUGGGCCAAUUGGGAAAUGGACACCGGGAUGGAAUAUAUUGCAUUGCCAGAAACUUUGCUACCACCAACCAGGUCGCCACUGGAUCGGGAGAUGGUGUAAUAAAGUAUUGGGACAUGUCGCUGCGACAAGAAACUGCUAGUUUUAGGGCUCAUAGAGGCAUGGUUAGUGGACUAUGUGUAACUCCUGGGACUUCUACGAUGAUCUCGUGUGGAGACGACAAAACUAUCAAGAUGUGGAGUGUCAAGUCUACCGAUUUUGAGGGAAAUGAUGACAAUGAAGUUUACAAUCAGGGUCAAGGGCUCGUCAAGACAUACUUAGCUGAGCAUUCUCUCAAAGGUUUAGAUCACCAUCGAGAAGAUCCGGUGUUUGUUACCGGAGGAGCACUGAUUCAGCUUUGGGAUGUCAACAGAAACAACUAUAUUCUGAAUCUUAGUUGGGGUGCCGAUAACGUCAAUUCUGUCAAGUUCAACCGCACUCAAACCAACAUUAUAGCAUCGUGCGGGUCGGACAAUUCGAUUGUAUUAUAUGAUAUCAGAACCAAUACCGCCAUACAAAAGGUGGUCACUAGCAUGCGGACAAAUGCUCUUUCUUGGAAUCCAAUGGAGGCAUUCAAUUUUGCCAGUGCUAACGAAGACCAUAACGCCUACUUGUGGGACAUGAGAAAACUCGAUCGAUCCCUUAAUGUGUACAAGAAUCAUGUUUCUGCAGUGAUGGACGUUGACUUCUCUCCUACUGGUGAGGAGGUGGUUACCGGAUCCUACGACAAGACACUUCGUAUCUUCAGAACCAGAGAAGGACAUCUGAGAGAGAUCUACCACACCAAGAGAAUGCAGCAUAUUUUUUCAGUUAGCUACACCACUGAUGCUCGGUACAUAUUGUCAGGGUCUGACGAUACCAAUGUUAGAGUAUGGCGAACCAAUGCCUCAGAUAGACUGGCUAUCAAGUCGGCUAGACACCGGUCUAAGCUUGAAUACGAUGCAGCCUUAAAGGAAAGAUUCAAGCAUAUGCCUGAAAUCAAGCGUAUUGCGAGACACCGUCACUUGCCUACGGUGGUGAAGAAGGCAGGUGAGAUCAAGAGGGUGGAAUUAGAGGCUUUGAAGAGAAGAGAAGAUAACGAUAGAAGACACUCUCGGCCUGGAUCCAAGCCGUACAUUCCUGAAAGACGCAAGCAUGUAAGAGGCACGGCGAUCAAGGAUGAUGGAGAAAAGUAG